AUGAGGACCUUCCACCUCCUGCACACUGUCCCUGCUCUGGACCAGUGCAGGGUGGUCUUCAACCGCAACGCCACCAUUAUGUAUGGAGCGAUGCUGCAAGCCGAUGAUGAGGACGAUGCUAUGGACCAGCAGAUGAAGAGUCCCUUCGGCUCGUCCUUCAGAACCUUUGAUGCUACUGACUACAAGCCCAUCGCCACAGUGGAUGUAAAGAGGAACAUCUUUGACCUGUGUACCGACACUAAAGACUGCUACCUGGCUGUCAUUGAGAACCAGGACACGGUGAGCUUGGACACGGUGUGUCGCCUGUACGAGGUGGGACGGCAGAAACUGGCAGAAGAGGGAGACGACGACGAUCAGGAUGAAGACCAAGACGACGAUGAUUCGUCAGACUCUGAUGACGACGAUGACGACGACGAUGACGAUAUGGACACAGACCCGCUCAUAGAGGAGCUCGCCAAUAACGACGACGCGGAAGACGGGGGCGGACCCACCUCUCCCACAGAUGAAGAGAUUGCAGAUCUUCUCGGCAGCAACAGCGACGAUGACAACAGCGAUGAUGAUGAAUCGGAAGAGUCGGACCAUUCAUACAGAAGCGAUGACGGAUCUGACACCUUUGACCCUGAAAACUCAAAUUACUACCCAGAAGGCUCAGAUGAUGAAUCUCGGUUGAUUCAGGCCAUCAGCGAGAGAUGGUUCUCCUGACCUGGGAGAAGAUGCUCCUCUGCAGACAAUGUGAACCUCAACCAGGACUCUUUUUUUUUUCCCCCCCUCCUCUUUCUUUUAAAGCAUCAUUUCUCCUUUAAUCGGGAACGUUAACUGAAUACACCGGUAUGCACAUCGGUGUUCUGGAGGAUAACCGAAAAAUCUCUCUCUUCAUUCUAAACUUUAGAGAGACGAUAGUGAUAAAGUGACAAAUAAAUAUCUCCCAAAGAUCACAGGGCUCAGAUCACUUGA